ACCUGCUCCUCAGCGCCCGCCGCCCUGCGCUCCGCCAGCGCGUGCGCGGCUAGAGCUGCGCCGGUAGCGGGAUCCGUGCUAAGCGUCGGCGGGGCGCAAAGGGGAUCUCGCCGCCGGGCUUGUCUCAGAGCAGCGCUGCUGCCUCGUAGGUCUCUUCUGGUACAUGGAUGUGCUGUGGGUACCUGUGUUCCCACGGUAGAGUGACCGAGCUAUGCAAAAACAGCUAAAACUUACAGUUCUUCAGAUGACCAGAAUGCACUCCCAGUGGGACUGGCUGUGCUUGCUUCUCAUGGUAAUUAGCUCAGUAACUGCAGAAAUGGAAGAUGAAGUUCUGGGUGCGGAUGUUGAAGUGGAGGAUUUUGAGCAAGAGUCUCAACAAGCUGAUGUUGACAAAGAAGGAUCUUCCUUAGGGGUGGUGUACCAGACUCCAAAGCCAACUGGAGAUGUUUAUUUUGCUGAAACCUUUGAUGGAGGAUGGAGUGGCUGGGUGUUGUCUAAAGCCAGGAAAGAAGACACAGAUGACAACAUUGCUAAAUAUGAUGGAAGGUGGGAAGUAGAAGAGCUGAAAGAAAACAAAGUACCUGGAGACAAAGGAUUAGUGUUAAAAUCAGCUGCAAAGCAUCAUGCAAUAUCAGCUAUGCUAACAAAGGCAUUUAUUUUUGAUAAAAAACCUUUGAUUGUUCAAUAUGAAGUGAAUUUUCAAGGAGGCAUUGACUGUGGUGGUGCAUAUAUUAAACUUCUUUCCAGUAGGGAUGACCUGGAUCUGGAGUUCUUCUUUGACAAAACGCCUUAUACUAUUAUGUUUGGACCAGAUAAAUGUGGUGAAGAUUACAAACUACACUUUAUCAUCAGGCAUAAGAAUCCUAAAACUGGAGAAUAUGAUGAAAAACAUGCAAAACGUCCUGAUGUGGACCUAAAAAAAUUCUAUUUGGACAAGAAGACACAUCUGUACACUCUUGUGCUAAAACCAGAUGAUACGUUUGAAAUGCUGAUUGACCAAUCAGUCAUCAGUAAGGGAAGCCUUCUUGAGGAUAUGGUUCCUCCAGUAAACCCUCCUAAAGAAAUAGAUGAUCCUGCUGAUAAGAAGCCUGACGAUUGGGAUGAGAGACAAAAAAUACCUGAUCCCAAUGCUGUCAAACCAGAUGACUGGGAUGAAGAUGAGCCUUCCAAAAUAGAAGAUCUUGAUGCUGUUAAGCCUGAGGGAUGGCUUGAUGAUGAACCACAGUAUGUUCCGGACCCCAGAGCAAAAAAGCCGAAGGACUGGGAUGAAGAAAUGGAUGGGGAGUGGGAAGCCCCUCAGGUCCCCAAUCCGAAGUGUGCCACCGCACCUGGUUGUGGACUGUGGGUGCGUCCCAUGAAGAGCAACCCCAAGUAUAAAGGGAAAUGGAAAGCACCUAUGAUAGUUAAUCCUAAUUAUCAGGGAAUCUGGAGCCCUCGGAAAAUACCGAACCCAGACUAUUUUGAAGAUCCUCACCCGUUUCAGAUGACACCUAUCGGUGCUGUUGGUUUAGAACUCUGGUCUAUGACGUCUGAUAUCUACUUUGAUAACUUCAUAAUAUGCUCAGAAAAAGAAGUAGCUGAUCGUUGGGCAGCAGAUGGUUGGGGUUUGAAGAAAUUAGUAGCAAGUGCUAACGAGCCUGGAAUGUUGAGUCAACUGGUGACUGCUGCGGAAGACCAUCCAUGGCUUUGGGUUCUUUAUAUCCUGACUUUAGCUCUGCCUGUUGGUCUGGGUGUGUUGUUCUGCUGGCCAGCAAAGAAAACAGAUGAAGAUUUUGACUUAAAAAAACCAGAUACAUCUAUGCCAGUUACAAAGGGAGAAGUAAAACAAGGAAGAGAAGAGCUAGAAGAUGAUGAAAUAGAUUUAGAAGAAGAUAAAGAAAAUGAAGAUAUUGGUGAAGAUGAUAGAAGAGAACUGGAAGAGACAGAGUUCUUAAAGGAUACAAUUAAGAUGGGAAGGGAGGUUCCUCCUUCAGACGAGAGUAAAUAUGGGGAAGAUAUUGAUGAUGAAGAAAACGAAGUUGCAGGUGGAAGUCAGGAAGGAGAUGAUAAGUCAAAUAAAUCUGGCUCAGAAGAUGAGAUGACAGUAGCUGAUGAAACUGCAGGCUCUGGGGAUGGUCGGCUGAAGUCAGUGCGCAAAAGAAGAGUACAAAAGGACUGAGUUGUUGGCAGCUAGUGUUUCUAGCUCUAAGCAGUACUAACUUAUGACAUGCCACUGCAAGGAGCCUGGCAGCAUGCAGGUUCCUGAGAUGUGAAGGGAAAAACGGGACUCAUUGCUACUUCUCUUAAUUCUCUGACCUCUUUUAACCUUCCCAAGCUUCCUUGAUGCCCUUUUUUUUAACAAGAAAAGAAGAGUUACCUAAUGUUUCACAUUUAGAAUAAAAGUGAAACUGCAAGUUGGCCAACUGAUUUUACAAAGCAGAUUCUUAAGAUUUGAAGAAUCUUAGAAAUCAAUAUUAGUCAGGGAUGAAAAAUGUUACUCUAAAUGUUUUUAAGAACAUGAAUAAAUAUUUUUGCAGCUCUAGCACACAAUCAGCUGUUUACACAUCUGAGCUGAGAGUGUUGCAGUACAAGUGAAGGAUCUACAGUUCACGUUGUUCAGUGAAAAGGUAUUUUUUUUCUGUGCAGAGCUAAAUGCAAUAACUGUUUUUGUAUGAUCGUUUAGUGCUAGCAACAAUUUUUCUUGUAUCUUAUUUCUUUGAGUUGGUACUGUUACAGUGGUCACCUGUUCAUUUCAAACAUGGGUUAUAGUAAUUUAUUUUUAAGAGGUAGUUUAAAAUGGAGUACUCAAAGAAGUGGUUAAUUGAUGUGACUUAAUUUGCUUUUGAAUGCAGAUAUUAAAACUACAGAAGUGAUAUAUAGAUUUUUUUCAUACUUUUAUAGCUCUCAUGUUCUGAGCCAGAUGGGCAUAGAUUUUGUUUAUAGAAUAUUUGCUGAGUGUAUAUUGUGUAUUAAAAAUAUUUAAUAAUUCUUGUUUAACAUGAAAUUGAUUAAUAUAGAUAAGAAUUUUUGAUGGAUUUUUUUUUUUUUUUACAAAUGUGAGUUUUUGGGCUUUCUUUUAAUAUAGUUUAAAUAAACUGCAUAUCAUAAGAGAAACUACUAAAGUUCAACUGUAUAUUAAAACAAACCAACAAAACUGCAGCUUUUGGAAUCCUGCUGCUGCUUGGCAGCUGCCUUGAACAUGAGUGAGUUAACUGCUAGCAAAAGCAAGUUGAUAGGCUAAAACCAUUUAGAAGUUUGUUAAUUGGUAAAGAACUUUUUGCCAAGGAAAUGUGUUAUUUUACUUAUAAACACUUGUAAGUCUACGAAGAUUGUGUUGUUUUCCCUGCUCUGCUAUUACUUAAUAGGAAGUUGGUAACAGUUUUUAGCUGACUCUUCAGAAGAAGCCAGCCUGCACAGGUACUUGUAUUGAAGUCAAAGUGUUCUGUUUGGUGUGGAGAAAUACAGGGAGAGGCCACAGUGAGAAAUGCUAAGUGCAACCGUUUGAUCCCUUCUAGGGUCCAUGAACUAGCAAGUAAUGACUCCUGAUUUUCCCCUUUGCCCUGAGACUUUGCAGUAACAGAUAGCUGUUAGCAAUGAGGUGUCCUGCAAACAACAGAGGGAACCAGGGCAACGGGGUGAGUGUGGAUUGCUGGUCACUGUAGCUUUUGGGAAGCAUUUCAGCGCUGUGACUGAAUCCCAUCUGAGUCUGGUGAAAGUCCUUUGGAGUUGUUACAGUGUUUACGUGUGGGCUUUGGAGUUGAUUAUGUAUUUAUUUGGUAGAUCAGCACACCUUUAUAGGCAAUGGUAGAGCUACUUCAGGGAUCAGUCUGCUUAUA